GAAUAUGUUCCUGAAAAUCAAUACAGCAUUGACAAAUAAAUGGGAGAUAAAUUCGUCUUGGGAUUUACAAUUUGUAAUUGGAAACUGCAAGAUUUAGAGCUAAUCCAAAUUCAAAGAUGGCGGAGGCAGGCGUCAGUUCCGGAAAUGCCCGAUGGUCUCUCAAGGGCUUCACAGCGCUCGUCACCGGCGGCACUCGUGGAAUCGGUCGCGCUGUGGUGGAGGAACUAGCCGGUUUAGGCGCGUCGGUCCACACCUGUUCCCGGAACGAACUGGAGCUCAACCAGUGCUUGAAGGAAUGGGAGGGCAAAGGCUUUGUGGUCAGUGGUUCGGUUUGCGAUGCUUCUUCGAGAACACAGAGAGAGAGGCUCGUACAGGAAGUGGCGUCUGCUUUCAAUGGCACCCUCAAUAUUCUGGUAAAUAAUGUGGGAACAAACAUCAGGAAGCCAAGUAUUGAGUACAGUCUGGAAGAAUUUUCGAUAUUGAUGACUACGAACUUUGAAUCAGUAUUUCAUCUAUCCCAACUUGCUCAUCCUCUUUUAAAAGCUUCUGGAAAUGGAAGUAUUGUGUUUGUUUCUUCGGUUGGUGGUCUCGUGAGCAUUGGAAGUGGAUCCAUCUAUGCAGCCUCUAAAUCUGCAAUGAAUCAACUGACCAAAAAUCUUGCUUGUGAAUGGGCCAAGGACAAUAUCAGGAGCAACACUGUUGCACCCUGGUAUACCAAUACCCCCCUUGUAGAAAAGUUGCUUGAUAAUAAGACGUUCGUGGACAAGGUAGUCUCUCGAACUCCACUUGGGCGAAUAGGGGAAUCAAAUGAAGUGUCCUCGUUGGUGGCAUUCCUUUGCAUGCCUGCUGCAUCUUACAUCACUGGACAGAUUAUUUCUGUUGAUGGAGGGUUCACUGCCAAUGGAUUUGAGUCUGGUAUGAGACUAGACAGCUUGUGAAACAUGCUUCUGCUUCUUACAUCACUGGGCAGACUAAUUCCAUAAUAAUCUUUUAUGCUUAUCAUGUUUUUCUCAACUCUUUCAAGUUUUAUGUAAACUCUAUGUAAUAAUUCUAAAUAAUUUAAUGUGCACAAUAUUGAACUAAAAAAAUAAUUUUAAAAGUUUUAUUUUA